CCUAUAAAACCCGCUGCUCAACGGUGAAAAUGCGAGGAAGCUGACUGUCUUCUCCAGGGCUGGUUGUAAUCAUAAAAUAUGCUAGAGCAACUCGAAUAAGUGCAAGAGUUACCAUCAUUGCUCUCCGAACAGCAUCUGAUCUAGGCUUUAAAUUGGACCUAGCAACCAGCCCUACACUCAAGUCUCCAUUUUAUUCAGAACAGCUUGUACCCGAAGUUUCAGUUCACCAUGAUGCAAAUCAGCAGCGACCCCUGCAACAAGCACUCCCUCCUCAACGUGAUGAACCGUUUCAUGGCCGCAGCCAACAACAUGGACGAGACCAUCAUGGUGCCAAGCCUGCUAAGGGACCUACCGUUGGAGGAACAGGAGAGUCAAGAGCCCGUCAAUCACAACAAUAACGAACCGGCGAUACCGAGUAAACAAAGGGACAUGUACGAACAUUAUCUUCUGCUUAAAUCACUCAGAAAUGACAUGGAGUGGGGGCUGCUGAAACGGGAGAUGAGCAACGGUGCCAGCUUCCUGGAAAUGGCAGUCAAGCAGGAGGAGCACCAGGAUAAGACUGGCGAGGAUGGCUCUGAUCUUGAGGGCCAGUUUCACUUCCAUCUAAGGGGACUGUUUGGAGUCUUGGCCAAGCUCACAGUGGAAGCAGACCACCUCACGAAUCGUUACAAGAGGGAGAUUGGGGGCGGAAGCCUCAUGAGAUAGAAAUGGCCGUUACUCGUUGGAACACUGCUUUUAGGAGCUUUUUCUUUUUUUUAAAAGGAGGGAGGGAGGGGGGGGGGGGGGUAUGGGUUGUAACUCCAGUGCAACCACAGGUUGUGUAGAUUCCUCUGUACCAUUCAAUUGGCCACAGCUGAUCAGAAUGAUUUAACCUGUGACUUCGUUUUAUUUUCUGCUACAGCUUAAGCAGUGGUUCAGUUGCUUAUGUGUUCCUACCAAGCCACACACUGCCAAGUGUUUAAAAGGUAAACCAUUCUUAAUCUAGCCUCGACCCAAGUAGCUUGCUCUGUAAUGGCCAGGUGACUGAAAAUUAAAGGUGCUGUGAUUUAAGAUCAGGAAAGCCCCAUGUCCCUUUUUAUUUUCUGUCUUUUAGACCAUAAAACUUGAUCUGUGCCAUCAGCAGGAGCCUACAUCAACUUGCUGCAUUUCAGCACCCUGUUUUGUGCACUCAGGAUUCUACAUGUUCACCAAACGUUUGUGUUAAGUAUAUUCAUAUGCCACUCCUGGUGGGUGGUGGGGAUGAGGGAAACCACAUCCAGGUCAUCAUGGUUUUGACUACAUGAAAUUAAAUGCUGGUAAUCAUUUACCUCCUUUGUAUUGACUUGUCAUAGCCCAUGGCCCCUUUACAUGUUUUGUUUGGUUCCUGGUUACUCUGAAACACUCCUGAUGUCAUACAGCGUGCCUUGGUUUAUUGUACCCCAGUCCUGUUCAGCUGUGUACAUUUUACAUGUGACUUGAUGUAUCAUUUUAUGCAGAUACACACUCCCUAUGUCAUGGUGUUGUAAAACCACUAAUUUCUAUUUUUUUUUUUUUUGUCCUAAAAUAUUUCAAAGUUUUAUAUUGAACUGUAUUGCAGUACAACUAUUGAAUAAAGCAUUAAAACACAA